UUUGAUAGUUGAUUCAUCGGGUCGAUUUUUACAUCAGUGACGCGACAACAUCUACCUCGAAUGAUGUAAGAAAGCACUAAGGAUGAUGCCAUAUCCGCCUAGCAGUAGCCAAACCUAAAGCCCCCGCAUUUCAAUUGCGAUGUUCAACCGGGCGCUUGGCUUCUUCCUGGCCCACAGGAAUCCUUCAAGAAACCAACGCUUCCAGUCCGCGCGAGCCAGCCACCACACCACGUGCCAGCCCAGCCCUGAACCCACGAAGCAACAGCAUCAAGUCUGUCCCCCACAGCCCAGGGACGAAAUUCUCCACAAACCAACAAAUCAACCCAUCCCCCCCUCCCACGUGUACGUACGUACCCCUCCGAUCGACGGAGAGGAGUCGUUGCGCGGCUCGGUGGAAAUGCCGUUUAGGGCUGGCUGUCUUCCACUCUCCCACGGGAUCUCCGAUCAGAACGCUAUCGAUGGUACAAACACCCCUGCAGAUUCAUAUUGCAUGGGUUGAUCGAUUUCACAUGCUGCAGCUUGCGUCUUGCUAUCUAUCUAGCAG